GUGACACCAGCGGCAAGAAGCUGCAAACAGCUCUGACUCUGGGGCUGCGCGAGCCUCAUCAUCAUCAUCACUAUCACAGAUACAAACACCGCAGCGGCAGCGACGAGAACCGACCGAGCAACCGGGGUCUUUACCGAUUCAAAGAGCCGGGCGCCAUGGCGGGCCUCCGCUAAAACGAGACCGAGAUUUAUCCUCUUUGUUCUCCCUCGACGCUUCUUCGUCUUUCCGCGCCGGAGCCGAGGAGGGGCCGCCGAGAAACAGCUCUUCCUUUCCGAGCGAAGGAGGAGGCAGGAGUAGAAACAGCAGCAGCAGCGGCGGCGGCGGAGGCGGCAGCAGCAGCAGCAGCGCUGUAACCGGGGAGGUGUUUUCUACGGAACGAGACGAAUGGCGGACCGUGAGGCGUCGCCGAUACCGCUGGAGAUCCGAGCCCGGCUGGCGGAGCUGGAGCUGGAGCUGUCAGAAGGGGACAUCACUCAGAAGGGUUAUGAGAAGAAGAGGCACAAGCUGAUCAGGGCAUAUGUUCCACAUGCUGGAGGUAUGGAAGGGCCCAUGUCCCAUCGGGCCCAGCUUGGCCCGCCCUCUGCCGCACGUUUCCACCGGCGACGGACCUCCGGCACCAGAGAUGAACGCUACAGAUCAGACGUCCAUACUGAGGCGGUGCAGGCCGUGUUGGCGCGUCAUGUGGAGAGGAAGGUCGCCGUGCCGAUGCCUUCCAAGAGACGCUCACUUGUAGUGCAGACCUCCAUGGAUGCUUACACGCCUCCAGGCCUGUCCCCCCUGUGCUCAGACUCCUCGUCGGGCUCAGAGGAGGAGGCGGGGCCGGGUGACGACAUGUCGGGCAUGGAGCACUGGAUGAGCCGCCCUUCCCAUUUAGGCCCCGCCCACCUGGGCUCCACCUCCUCCUCCUCCUCGUCGACGCAGAGCGGAGGCAGUGGCAACGCCGGGCGGCUUGCCGACUCGCUGGCGCACGCACACAUCUCGCACCUGGCGCACUCACACCUGGCGCACAGUCACCUGGGCCAGUCACACCACCAGCAGAGCCACCUGUCCCAGUCACACCACGGUAUCGGCCACCUGUCUCUAAAAAGGAAGGGAGUUCUGAGUGUCGCAGAGAACGGAGGAUCUCUGAGACGAUCCUGUGAGUUUGGAUCUGACAUGCUGUGGCCGCCACCGCUGGAAUCAGACGAGAACCACUCGGCCCCCCCGGAUGUGACGGGUUACUCGUCCGACUCGUCUCACACCCACACGGAGCGUCACCACAUGUCCAACAUGGGAACCAUCGCUAGGAACACACAGAAGUACGGCAACGCAGAGCGCAUGGAGACCGGCGAUGGUGUUCCAGUCAGCAGUCGUGUGUCCGCUAAAAUCCAGCAGCUCGUGAACACGCUGAAGCAGCCGCGCAGACCUCCGCUCCGGGAGUUCUUUGUCGAUGACUUUGAUGAACUUCUGGAGGUCCAGCAGCCAGACCCCAACCAGCCGCGGCCGGAGGGGGCGGAGAUGAUGCCAGUUCGAGGAGAGGCACUGGGGGUGGUCACCAACUGGCCCCCGUCCCUGGAGGCUGCGCUCCAACGCUGGGGAACCAUCUCCCCUAAAGCCCCCUGCCUCACCAGCCUGGAUACAGCAGGGAAGCCCCUCUACGUCCUCACAUAUGGAAAGCUGUGGUCUCGCAGUAUCAAGCUUGCCUACAACAUCCUCCACAAACUGGGCAGCAAGCAGGAGCCGAUGGUUCGGCCAGGUGAUCGGGUGGCAUUGGUGUUUCCAAACAACGACCCUGUGGCGUUCAUGGUGGCCUUUUAUGGCUGUCUGCUGGCAGAGGUGGUCCCUGUUCCAAUAGAGGUCCCUCUAAGUCGCAAGGAUGCUGGCAGUCAGCAGAUUGGCUUCUUGUUGGGCAGCUGUGGGGUUACCGUGGCGCUGACCAGUGACGCCUGUCACAAAGGCCUGCCCAAGAGCGCAACAGGAGAGAUCCCGCAGUUCAAAGGUUGGCCCAAGUUGUUGUGGUUUGUAACUGAAUCGAAGCACCUUUCCAAACCUCCCAGAGACUGGUUCCCUCACAUCAAAGAUGCAAACAACGACACCGCUUACAUAGAGUAUAAAACCUGUAAAGACGGCAGCGUGCUGGGAGUCACAGUGACGAGGAUCGCUCUGCUCACACACAGCCAGGCUCUCACACAGUCCUGCAGCUACACUGAGGCGGAAACCAUCGUGAACGUUCUGGACUUUAAGAAGGACGUAGGCCUGUGGCACGGCAUCCUGACGAGUGUGAUGAACAUGAUGCACGUGAUCAGCGUCCCCUACUCGCUGAUGAAGGUCAACCCUCUGUCAUGGAUCCAGAAAGUGUGCCAGUACAAAGCUAAGGUAGCUUGUGUGAAGUCCAGAGACAUGCACUGGGCUCUGGUCGCCCACAAAGACCAGAAAGACAUCAACCUGAGCUCGCUGCGCAUGCUGCUGGUGGCCGACGGAUCAAACCCCUGGUCCAUCUCCUCCUGCGAUGCCUUCCUCAACGUCUUUCAGACUAAAGGGCUGAGAGCCGACGUCAUCUGUCCCUGCGCCAGUUCCCCUGAGGCCCUGACGGUGGCCAUCAGGAGGCCGGUGGAGGACAGCAGUCAGCCUCCAGGCCGAGGCGUUCUUUCCAUGCAGGGUCUGACAUACGGGGUCGUCAGGGUCGACACAGAAGAACGCCUCUCAGUGCUCACCGUGCAGGACGUGGGGACUGUCACGCCUGGAGGUUUGGUGUGUGUGGUGAAACCAGAAGGCGUCCCUCAGCUCUGUCAGACGGAUGAGAUCGGUGAGCUCUGUGUCUGCUCCAUCGCCACCGGCACCUCCUACUACGGCCUCACGGGCAUGACUAAGAACACCUUUGAGGUUUACCCGGUGAGCUCCACUGGGGGGCUGAUCAGCGAGUAUGCCUUCGUGCGGACUGGCCUGCUGGGAUUCAUCGGCCCCGGCGGCCUCUGCUUCAUCACAGGCAAGAUGGACGGCCUCAUUAUGGUGAGCGGGCGGAGGCACAACGCCGACGACAUUGUCGCCACGGCACUGGCAGUGGAGCCAAUGAAAUUCGUCUACAGGGGCAGGAUAGCGGUGUUCUCUGUGACGGUGCUUAGGGACGAGAGGAUUGUGGUCGUGGCAGAGCAGAGACCUGACUCCACCGAGGAGGACAGCUUCCAGUGGAUGAGCCGCGUGUUGCAGGCCAUUGACAGUAUCCACGGCGUGGGCGUGUUCUGCCUCGCUCUGGUCCCCGCUAACACUCUUCCUAAGACUCCACUGGGCGGCAUCCACCUGUCAGAGAUCAAGCAGCUGUACCUGGAGGGGGGGCUGCACCCCUGCAACGUCCUCAUGUGUCCCCACACCUGCGUCACCAACCUGCCCAAACCCCGGCAGAAACAACCAGAGAUCGGACCUGCCUCUGUGAUGGUGGGGAAUCUGGUGUCAGGGAAGAGAAUCGCUCAGGCCAGCGGCAGAGAUUUAGGACAGACUGACGACAAUGACCAGUUCCUGUUCCUGUCCGAGGUUUUGCAGUGGAGAGCUCAGACGACACCAGAUCACGUCCUCUACACCCUGCUCAGCUCCAGGGGGGCGGUGUCCAGCUCCCUCACCUGUCUGCAGCUCCAUAAGAGGGCUGAGCGAGUGGCGGCUCUGCUGAUGGAGAGAGCGGGUCUGCAGGAGGGAGACCACGUCGCUCUGGUUUACCCGCCAGGUAUCGACCUGAUUGCAGCUUUUUAUGGCUGUCUGUACGCCGGCUGUGUUCCCAUCACCGUGCGACCACCUCACCCCCAGAACAUCUCCACCACCCUGCCCACCGUCAAGAUGAUCGUCGAGGUCAGUCACUCAGCCUGUGUGAUGACCACGGCGGUAAUCUGUAAGCUGCUGCGCUCAAAGGAGGCCACGGCCACCGUGGACAUCAGGAACUGGCCACCUGUCCUCGACACAGAUGACCUGCCAAAGAAGAAGCCUCCAGCUCUCUAUAAGCCCACCAACCCUGACGGUCUGGCCUAUCUGGACUUCAGCGUGUCCACGACCGGGAUGCUGGCCGGAGUUCAGAUGUCCCAUAAUGCAGUUGGAGCGUUCUGCCGGUCGGUGAAGCUUCAGUGUGAGCUGUACCCGUCCAGAGAAGUGGCCAUCUGUCUUGAUCCGUACUGCGGCCUCGGCUUCGUCCUCUGGUGUCUGUGCAGUGUGUAUUCAGGCCACCAGUCCAUCCUGAUCCCUCCGGUGGAGCUGGAGUCGAACCCGGCGCUGUGGCUGCUCGCCGUCAGCCAGCUGAGGGUGCGAGACACUUUCUGCUCGUACAGCGUCAUGGAGCUGUGCACCAAAGGACUCGGCCUGCAGACAGAGGCGCUCAAGGCUCGAGGUCUGGAUCUGUCCCGGGUUCGGGCCUGCGUCGUGGUGGCGGAGGAGAGGCCCAGGAUGUCUCUCACACACUCCUUCUCAAAGCUCUUCAAAGACCUCGGCCUCCACCCGCGAUCCGUCAGCACCGCCUUCGGCUGCAGAGUCAACCUGGCCAUCUGCCUGCAGGGCACCUCAGGACCAGACCCAACGACUGUGUACGUGGACAUGAGAGCGCUCCGCCAUGACAGGGUUCGGUUGGUGGAGAGAGGAUCUCCUCACAGUCUGCCGUUAAUGGAGUCUGGAAAGAUCUUACCUGGAGUUCGUAUCAUCAUCGCCAACCCAGAGACCAAAGGACCUCUGGGAGACUCACACCUGGGAGAGAUCUGGGUGCACAGCGCUCAUAACGGCAGCGGUUACUACAGUGGUUACGGCGAGGAGGUCCUUCAGUCUGAUCACUUCAACUCCAGACUCAGUUUUGGAGACACGCAGACGGUCUGGGCCAGGACGGGAUACCUGGGCUUCCUCCGCCGCACAGAGCUCACCGAUGCCACCGGAGAGAGACACGAUGCUCUGUUCGUGGUGGGAGCUCUGGAGGAGGCCAUGGAGCUGAGGGGGAUGAGGUACCAUCCCAUCGACAUCGAGACCUCCGUCAUCCGCGCACACAAGAGCAUCAUGGAGUGUGCCGUUUUCCCCUGGACCAACCUGCUGGUGGUGGUGGUGGAGCUGGAAGGCUCCGAGCAGGAAGCUCUUGACCUGGUUCCCAUGGUGACCAAGGCGGUGCUGGAGGAGCACUACCUGAUCGUGGGCGUCGUCGUGGUGACGGACAUCGGCGUCAUCCCCAUCAACUCCCGCGGCGAGAAACAGCGCAUGCACCUCCGCGACGGCUUCUUACAAGACCAGCUAGAUCCAAUCUACGUGGCCUACAACAUGUAGCCUGAGUGUGUGUGUGUGUUUUUGUGUGCGUGUGUGUGUGUGUGUGUGUGUGUGUGCGCGAGAGAGAGAGAUAGCAUGCGUGUGUAUGCUGUGCAUAUUGCCGUUGUUGUUCCUUUAUUUCCCCCCAAAUCAACAUGUACUGUAUUUUUGAACCUGCGUACGGUGUGGUCUUAAGUCGUCUGUUUUCUUUAAAGUCGUGUCGUGCCGGUUGGAUGAUUGAUUGGCUUACUGAUUGAUUGCUCAGUGGUGUUAUGAUCAUUUUUACACCCCAUUUAAUCUCGUGACCGUCACCAGGAGCUCGUCACUGUAGAAAGCCUUAGGGGGAACACUGUGUAUGGGGCGAUGGCUCUGGUCGUCACACCGCCUGUCGCUUCUCAGAAGUUUUAGGAGAUAAAAGUAGAGCGAGAAAAAAACUAGAGACUCGUAUCUGUCAUCAUGUUUUACUGGUCGAAUCAAAUAAAUCCAGAUUUGUGGUUUUACUUCAAUUAGAACAGGGGCAGCCAGAGAACUGUAAAAAUAUAAAUAUUGUACAUAGACAUAAUAAUCUAUAUGGAGAGGAACCUAAAACACAAUGAGGUGUAGUAGCCCCUAUAUGCAGCUCUCUCCACCUGCACCCUGUGUGUGUGUGUGUGUGAGUGUGUGUGUGUGUCUGCAGAGUGUGUGUCUCUGUCUGAGAGUGUGUUCACCUGUCUGUGUUUAUGUGUGACGGGGACAUUUCACAUCGUGUAAAUGUGAUUCAUGGGAAAGAUUUUAUGCUUAAAAGAGGAAAAGGGGGGGGAAAAAAUAUACGGAUGCUUAAAACACUUUAACAUGUUUAACACGUUUAAGCUGCAAACAGAAACACGUAAAAAAAAAAAAAAAAAAACAACCAAAAAAAAGCUGAGUGUGUGUUUCAGCGUCCAGUUGACUUGACAUCGGAAAAUCCGUUUCCAUCCGAGACUUUUCAAACACUAAAAUAAGUUUAUAAAAACCAUUGCGGCGAUGCAGGAACAGAAUCUUGUCCAUGUUCAGUCAGCACCGCCCAGUGUGACAGUUUGAUCGGAGCUUUGUGUGUUGACUCAUUUGCAGAAAAAGAGAGAGGACGUGUUAAUGCCGUAAACUUUGCAGAAGAAGCCCACAUAGACACAGUUACAGCAUCUUCUGAUUUUUCACUUCCAGUUGAAGUUCGGCAGUUGUCUUGUGUUUUUUUGUAAACCAGAAGAGACGGCAAAUGGAGAGAAGCCUGGCUUUAGCAAACACUAAGUACUCAACUCGAGCUGGCUUAGUUGGCGAGGUGCACGUGUCAUUUAUGCCAAAUGUGGAAUUCAUUGGGAAGCUAAUUUUGUCUAGCUAAGAACACGCUUUAGAGCUCCUAUGAGGAACUUUUGGUGAUUAUGGCGCCCUCGUGGACAAAGCAGUAUGUGUUUGCUGUUUUCUUUUUCCUGUGCACGUGUAAGUAGAGUUUCAAACAAAACCUUUCAGCCUGCCUUGUUUUACAGUCAAAUCUUCACUCAUUGAGAAUCUUUGCUGUGAAAAAUGUUAAAAACAUUACUGCAGCAGUUUAUCAACCAGCCCACAGCAGCCAAUUCUGAAAUCUUUAGAAAUAAUUCAUCAUUGUGCUGAUAGUCUUUUUUUUUCUUCUUUUGUAGUCCAUAAAGCAGCUAAAAACUCCUCACGGGAUCUUUAAACAAAAUGAAGCUAACAAAAACAAACAGCCGACUUCUCUGAGUGAAUUGUAGUACCUCGUCAUGCAGAUAGAAACGUGUCGAUCACAAGCAGCUUAGCACUAAAGAAAACAGUUUUUAGUUUCAUCACUUACAAAAUGAACAUCAUGCUGUUUGAAGAAUUGAAACUAGAGAUAUACUCAACCCAAGACACCAUAUGCAUCACGAUAAGGGUUCAUGACAUGAUUUGAUCACGUUUUCUAAUUUAAAAUAAAUGUACUGCAACUAUUGGAGUCGCCCUCUGCUGGCCGCUAGUAAGAAUGCAGUUUUACGACGUUCCAUUUUGGCCUCACUUUGAGGCUCAGAGGCCACCCCAAAGGCGUAUAUACAGUUUAUGGUUUAUGCAAAAUUAGAUCAGUUUAAAUGAUUUCAAAGUUAAAACAUUAAAGUACAUCAUAAGUGCAAUGUUUAUCAAUAAAGUACUGUAGUUCAUUUCAGCUAAAGUGCAGCAAAGCUUGAACAUGAACCAUCAUCGUACAUUUCUAAAUGUAUCGGUUAAAGUGUGAACCGAGGUGCACUGUGUGAAUAUUGUCAUUUAAAGGGACUUAAUGAGGAAAUCAAAGGGGAACUGAAGACUCGGCAGCCUUUGGGUGUUCAGGUGUUGCAGUUUGUUUGUAAUUAUUUAGAAAUGAUUUAAAUAUUAAAUUUAAAAAACAACAGCGAAACCCUGAAAUUAGGUGUAGUCGCCCUAACAUCACGGGAAGCAUCAGCACUGCUUAAAGUAUUUUCUUAACCUCUGACUCUGCAGGUUAUAAAGACGUUUAUUCAGAGGGUUACGAAUGGAUCGAGCAGCGUUUCUUUACAUCCUCGAUGACUUCAUCUCAUUGUUCUUCAUCUUGGAUUCUUUUUCUUGUUUCAUCGUUGUUGUCGACUUUUAUUUAAUGAGAAGAAAAUAAAACUUUAUGCAUAUCAGGAGUUUGCUUAGCGCUUGUUUGGCUGUCAUGGCAGCUUUGGUUUGUGGGUAGCAGCGUGAACACUCAUGUUUCAGUCCCUGUGUGUGUGUGUGUUUGUGUGUUUGUUUGUUUGUUUGUGUGUGUGUGAGGUGGAGGACGUUGGAUAUGAAGGAAAAUCCCAUCAGAAAGCCGGAAGACUGGAUGGGAGAGAGUCUGCAUGGUGUGUGUGAGUUUGUGUGUGUAUGUGUGUGUGUAUAUUGUAUGUAAAUAGUGUUGAUUUUGUACGGUACAAGUGUGUGUGACUUGUUUUGUACACAUGAUAAAAGAUUAAAUGACACUUUUAUAAGAGCCUGCUAUUGGCUCACCGUCACACUAUACAGUGCAAUAAAGUGCUUUGAUUGGCUAAAACUCA